AACAACAGCAGCAUCAGCCGCAGCAAAAGCAACGUUUUCCCAAGCCUUGCAUUAAAAAAGUGAAAUUCUCUAGCGAGAGCCUCAAAGCGGACGUUGAUGGCCUGUGCGAGCAGUUGAAGGAGAGCAGCGUUUUUAACGAAUUGAACAAUUUUCAUAUUAACAAUAUUAAUAACAAUAACAACGACAUUGACAACAAAUACAAUAACAAGAUGAGCGAACAGGAGUCAACGACAAGCGGCGAAACGACACAAGCCACUCCCACAGAUGGCGAUCGUCCAAGUUUUUUGGUAGGUGAUGAAAUCGAUGAGAAGGAGGCAAUUGAAGCGGGUGAAGCCGGCGAUCAGUUUCCGCAGAAAAUGCAAAGCGAUAUUUGUCAAAAUGGCGACAUAGCAGAGCGACGCAAGCGUCUGAGACCCAGCAUGUCGCGCACUGGUCUUGGCCAGGAUCGCCAUCAGGAUCGUGACUUUCAUAUUGCCACCACGGAGGAGUUUGUUAAGCGUUUCGGUGGCAAUCGUGUAAUCAAUCGAGUACUGAUUGCCAACAAUGGCAUUGCGGCUGUUAAGUGCAUGCGGUCGAUACGUCGCUGGUCCUACGAGAUGUUCAAGAACGAGCGAGCGGUACGAUUUGUGGUUAUGGUCACGCCCGAGGAUCUGAAGGCCAAUGCCGAAUAUAUUAAGAUGGCUGAUCAUUACGUUCCGGUGCCCGGCGGCUCCAACAACAACAACUAUGCGAACGUUGAGCUAAUUGUGGAUAUUGCACUUCGCACACAAGUUCAGGCCGUGUGGGCGGGCUGGGGACAUGCAUCGGAGAAUCCCAAAUUGCCGGAACUGUUGCACAAGGAGGGCCUCGUGUUCCUUGGACCGCCAGAACGUGCGAUGUGGGCGUUGGGCGAUAAGGUGGCUUCAUCGAUUGUGGCCCAAACAGCUGAUAUACCCACUUUGCCAUGGUCUGGCUCGGAUCUGAAGGCUCAAUACAGUGGCAAAAAGAUUAAAAUUUCCAGUGAACUCUUUGCUCGUGGCUGCGUCACCAAUGUGGAACAGGGGCUGGCAGCUGUGGCCAAGAUUGGCUUUCCUGUUAUGAUUAAGGCUUCGGAGGGCGGUGGCGGCAAAGGCAUUCGCCGAGUGGACACCGCCGAGGAGUUUCCCGGUCUAUUCCGUCAGGUGCAGGCCGAGGUGCCCGGCUCGCCCAUCUUUGUCAUGAAACUGGCAAGCGGUGCACGUCAUUUGGAAGUUCAGUUGCUAGCGGAUCAAUUUGGCAAUGCCAUCAGUUUAUUCGGGCGUGAUUGUUCCAUACAGCGACGUCAUCAGAAGAUCAUUGAGGAAGCACCCGCUAUCGUGGCACAGCCAGAGGUCUUUGAGGACAUGGAGAAGGCGGCAGUGCGCCUGGCCAAGAUGGUUGGCUAUGUCAGCGCCGGCACGGUUGAAUAUCUGUACGAUCCCGAGGGUAGAUAUUUCUUCCUUGAGCUCAAUCCGCGUCUGCAGGUGGAGCAUCCUUGCACGGAAAUGGUAGCCGAUGUCAAUUUGCCCGCCUGUCAGCUACAAAUUGGAAUGGGCAUACCUCUGUAUCGAUUGAAGGAUAUACGUUUGCUCUAUGGCGAAUCGCCGUGGGGUUCAUCCGUAAUUGAUUUUGAGAAUCCACCAAAUAAGCCACGUCCUUCGGGCCACGUCAUUGCCGCACGCAUCACCUCCGAGAAUCCCGAUGAAGGUUUCAAGCCCAGUUCCGGCACCGUGCAGGAGCUCAACUUCCGUUCCAGCAAGAAUGUCUGGGGCUACUUCAGUGUGGCUGCAUCAGGUGGCUUGCACGAAUUUGCGGAUUCACAAUUCGGACAUUGCUUCUCCUGGGGCGAAAAUCGUCAGCAGGCACGUGAGAAUCUGGUAAUUGCCCUCAAGGAGUUAUCCAUUCGCGGUGAUUUCCGUACAACAGUUGAAUAUCUGAUUACGCUGCUUGAAACGAAUCGUUUCCUUGACAAUAGCAUAGACACCGCCUGGCUGGAUGCGUUGAUUGCGGAGCGUGUCCAAUCCGAGAAGCCGGAUAUCAUUCUUGGUGUCAUGUGUGGUGCGCUGCACAUUGCAGAUCGUCAGAUAACUCAGGCAUUCUCCAGUUUCCAGACCUCAUUAGAAAAGGGUCAAAUCCAGGCGGCCAACACGUUGACCAAUGUGGUGGAUGUGGAGUUGAUCAACGGCGGCUUACGCUACAAAGUGCAAGCAGCCAAAAGUGGACACAAUUCAUAUUUUCUGCUCAUGAACAAUUCGUUCAAGGAGAUUGAAGUUCAUAGGCUGUCGGACAGUGGUCUGCUCAUCUCGUUUGAGGGCGCUUCGUAUACCACCUAUAUGAGAGAGGAAGUGGAUCGUUACCGCAUCGUCAUUGGCAAUCAAACGUGCGUCUUUGAGAAGGAGAACGAUCCUUCUCUGCUGCGCAGUCCCUCGACUGGUAAGCUGAUCAAUUUGAUUGUCGAGGAUGGCGCACAUGUAACCAAGGGACAGGCAUUCGCUGAGAUCGAAGUAAUGAAAAUGGUAAUGACCCUGACCUCCCAGGAGGCAGGCACUGUGACCUUUGUGCGUCGCCCUGGCGCUGUGCUCGAUGCUGGCUCACUGCUUGGUCAUUUGGAAUUGGAUGAUCCGUCGCUGGUGACCAAAGCCCAGCCCUGCAAGAGCCAAUUCCCUCAGCCAGAGAAUGCCCCAGUGCCCGAGAAAUUGAAUCGUGUGCACAACACCUACAAAAGCAUUCUGGAGAACACGCUGGCUGGCUACUGUCUGCCAGAGCCCUACAAUGCACAGCGACUGCGCGACAUAAUUGAGAAAUUCAUGCAGAGUUUGCGUGAUCCUUCGCUGCCGUUGCUCGAACUGCAGGAGGUGAUUGCCUCAAUAUCGGGACGCAUACCCAUAUCCGUGGAGAAGAAGAUUCGUAAGCUGAUGACGCUCUACGAACGCAACAUCACGAGCGUCUUAGCUCAAUUUCCUUCGCAGCAAAUAGCGAGUGUGAUCGAUAGCCAUGCAGCUACACUGCAGAAGCGAGCAGAUCGUGAUGUCUUCUUCCUGACCACUCAGAGCAUUGUGCAGCUGGUGCAACGCUACAGGAAUGGCAUCCGAGGACGCAUGAAGGCCGCCGUCCAUGAGCUGCUGCGUCAAUAUUACGAUGUGGAGUCACAGUUCCAGCAUGGGCACUACGACAAGUGUGUGGGACUAGUGCGUGAGCACAACAAAGAUGAUAUGUUGACUGUGGUCAAUACGAUAUUCUCGCACUCGCAGGUGGCCAAGAAGAACCUUUUGGUCACGCUGCUCAUCGAUCACCUGUGGGCCAAUGAGCCAGGCCUAACCGACGAACUGGCCAACACACUGAGUGAAUUGACCUCUCUCAAUCGAGCGGAACAUUCACGUGUGGCCUUACGUUCUCGCCAGGUGCUCAUUGCUGCCCAUCAGCCGGCAUAUGAGCUGCGCCACAAUCAAAUGGAAUCCAUUUUCCUGUCGGCUGUCGAUAUGUACGGUCAUGAUUUCCAUCCAGAGAACUUGCAACGUUUGAUACUGUCAGAGACAUCCAUCUUUGACAUACUUCAUGACUUCUUCUACCACUCCAAUCGAGCUGUCUGCAAUGCCGCCCUCGAGGUCUAUGUGAGACGUGCCUAUACCUCCUAUGAGCUGACCUGUCUACAGCACUUGGAGCUCUCCGGUGGAUUGCCACUGGUGCAUUUCCAAUUUCUGUUGCCAACAGCGCAUCCGAAUCGCUUGUUCUCGCGCAUGAGCUCACCUGAGGGUCUGGAUCAGGCAGCUGCCGAAACGAUGGGCAGUUCCUUUGUGCGCACAGGUGCUAUAGCAGCGUUCGAUUCCUUCGAGCACUUCUCCAUGUACUCGGAUGAGAUACUCGAUCUGCUGGAGGACUUUGUUUCGCCAGCGCUGGUCAGUGCCAAGGUCUUGGAGGCUGUCGAGGCUGUGGACUCCAUUUCGGAUAGUCGUCAUAGUACAUCGAUUAAUGUCUCCCUCUCGGAUCCCAUCACGCGUGCGAAUGCUGCCGAAGAGGCUAAAUCCACGGAGCCCAUUCACAUCAUAAGUGUGGCAGUGAGGGAGACUGGUGAAAUGGAUGAUGUGCAAAUGUCCCAGAUCUUUGGCAACUAUUGCAAGGAGCACAACGAUGAGCUGUAUCAGAGACGCAUACGCCGCAUCACAUUUGCCGCGCUCAAGAAACGUCAGUUCCCCAAAUUCUUUACGUAUCGGGCACGCGACAACUUUGAGGAGGAUCGCAUCUAUAGGCAUUUGGAGCCAGCAUCUGCUUUCCAUUUGGAGUUGAAUCGCAUGAAGACCUACGACCUGGAGGCAUUGCCCACGGCUAACCAGAAAAUGCAUUUGUAUUUGGGCAGAGCUAAGGUAUCGAAGGGUCAGGAGGUCACCGACUAUCGUUUCUUCAUUCGUUCCAUUAUCCGUCACUCCGAUUUGAUAACCAAAGAAGCCUCAUUUGAGUAUCUACAAAAUGAGGGUGAACGUGUGCUGUUGGAGGCAAUGGAUGAACUGGAGGUUGCCUUCUCGCAUCCGCAUGCCAAGCGCACCGAUUGCAAUCAUAUUUUCCUUAACUUUGUGCCCACUGUCAUCAUGGAUCCAGCGAAAAUCGAAGAGUCUGUCACUAAGAUGAUCAUGCGUUAUGGUCCACGUUUGUGGAAACUGCGUGUGUUGCAAGCUGAGCUUAAGAUGGUCAUCCGCCAGUCACCACAAUCUCCCACCCAAGCCGUGCGUCUGUGCAUUGCCAACGAUUCAGGAUACUUCCUGGACAUCUCCAUGUACACGGAGCAAACUGAACCCGAAACGGGCAUCAUCAAAUUCCAUGCCUAUGGCGAUAAGCAGGGCUCACUGCAUGGCCAUCCCAUUUCCACGCCCUAUAUGACCAAGGACUUUUUGCAGCAGAAACGCUUCCAGGCGCAAUCGAAUGGCACCACCUAUGUCUACGAUGUGCCCGAUAUGUUCCGCCAGAUGACUGAACGUCAUUGGAGAGAGUUCUCCAAAGCACGACCCACUGUCGACAUACGCACACCCGAUAAGAUAUUGCUAGAGUGCAAAGAGCUGGUCCUGGAGAACGAUACUCUAGUUGAGCUACAGCGUCUACCAGGCGAGAAUAAUUGUGGCAUGGUUGCUUGGCGCAUUGUGCUGGCCACGCCCGAGUAUCCAGCUGGUCGCGAAAUUAUAGUGAUUGCCAACGAUUUAACCUAUCUGAUUGGCUCCUUUGGCAUCAAGGAGGACGUGCUCUUUGCCAAGGCGUCGCAACUGGCGCGACAACUCAAAGUGCCUCGAAUAUAUAUUUCGGUUAACAGUGGCGCUCGCAUUGGCCUCGCUGAGGAGGUAAAAGCCAUGUUCAAAAUCGCAUGGGAAGAUCCAGAGGAACCGGACAAGGGCUUCAAAUAUCUAUACCUGUCCACUGAGGAUUAUGCCAAGGUAGCGAAUCUUAAUUCGGUGCGUGCGAUACUCAUCGAAGAUGAAGGCGAACAGCGCUACAAGAUUACGGAUAUCAUUGGCAAAGAUGACGGUCUGGGCGUUGAGAAUUUACGCUACGCAGGUUUGAUUGCGGGUGAAACAUCUCAGGCGUAUGAGGAAAUCGUAACCAUUGCCAUGGUCACUUGCCGCACCAUCGGCAUUGGCUCAUAUGUCGUCCGUCUUGGCCAGCGUGUCAUACAGAUUGAUAAUUCGCAUAUUAUUCUCACGGGCUAUGCUGCUUUGAAUAAGUUGCUUGGUCGCAAGGUCUAUGCCUCCAAUAAUCAGCUUGGUGGCGUCCAGAUUAUGUUCAAUAAUGGUGUCACCCACAAAACGGAAGCCAUCGAUCUGGAUGGUGUUUACACAAUACUCGACUGGCUCUCUUACAUUCCCGCUUAUAUUGGCUGCGAUCUGCCCAUUAUUUUGCCCAGUGAUCGCAUUGAUCGUCCCGUCGAUUUUAUGCCCACCAAAUCGCCUUAUGAUCCACGCUGGAUGCUUGCAGGCCGUGUGAAUCCCUCCAAUGCCAAUGAAUGGGAGAAUGGUUUCUUCGAUCGUGAUUCAUGGAGUGAAAUUAUGGCUCCCUGGGCCAAGACCGUGGUCACGGGUCGUGCCCGUUUAGGUGGUGUGCCAGUUGGCGUUAUAGCUGUGGAGACGCGCACUGUGGAGGUGGAAAUGCCUGCGGAUCCCGCAAAUUUGGAUUCGGAAGCCAAGACACUGCAGCAAGCUGGCCAAGUUUGGUAUCCCGAUUCAUCGUACAAGACAGCGCAGGCAAUCAAAGAUUUCGGACGCGAAGAGCUGCCAUUGAUUGUGUUUGCCAACUGGCGUGGCUUCUCCGGCGGAAUGAAAGACAUGUAUGAGCAAAUUGUCAAAUUUGGUGCCUACAUUGUCGAUGGACUGCGAGAGUACAAAAAGCCAGUGCUCAUCUAUUUGCCACCCAAUGCUGAGCUGCGUGGAGGUGCCUGGGCUGUGCUUGAUUCUUUAAUCAAUCCGCGUUACAUGGAAACCUAUGCGGAUCCAGAGGCACGCGGCGGAGUGCUUGAACCGGAGGGUAUUGUCGAGAUCAAGUACAAAGAGAAAGAUCUGAUCAAGACAAUACAUCGCCUAGAUGGCACCACCAUUGGGCUGAAACGCGAACACGACGAGGCCAUCGCCGCUGGCGAUAAAGUCAAAGCAGCACAGCUGGAUGAGAAGAUUAAGGCCCGCAUUGCAGUUCUCAUGCAUGUGUAUCACACUGUUGCCGUACACUUUGCCGAUCUUCACGAUACGCCUGAGCGCAUGCUGGAAAAGGAAUGCAUAAGCGAAAUUGUGCCUUGGCGUGAUUCGCGUCGCUGGCUCUACUGGCGUCUACGUCGACUGCUGCUCGAAGAUGCGUAUAUCAAGAAGAUCUUGCGUGCACAAGACAACCUCUCGGUUGGUCAAGCCAAGCAGAUGCUGCGUCGCUGGCUAGUCGAGGAAAAGGGCGCCACUGAGGCCUAUUUGUGGGACAAAAAUGAGGAAAUGGUUAGCUGGUAUCAGGAACAAACAAAUGCCGAAUCGAUUGUAUCCAAAAAUGUUAACUCUGUGAAGAGGGAUGCCAUUAUCUCCACAAUAUCGAAAAUGCUAGAGGACUGUCCGGAUGUGGCCCUGGAUGCUGUCGUUGGUCUCUGUCAAGGAUUGACGCCCGUGAAUCGUGGCGUUGUUGUACGCACGUUAGCGCAAAUGCAGCUGAAUGAGGAGUCCUCGGCGAAUACCCAAGGAUGACUUUACUUUCAUUUUUAAGUUAAGGCGAGCAUCGAGAGUCUCCAUUUCAAACUUUGGUAUACGGAUGUUUUUAAUGCACAAUUUCGGAGGAGUGUUUCGUUUAUUUUUUAUAGGAUUUGCUUACCAGCAAAUUGUUUUGCAUUUUGUUUAGUUAAAUUUUUUUCUGUACAUUUAAUUAGUCUAUUUUAUUAGUUACUACUAAUUUAGUUAACUUCAAAUGUUCAUUUUUGGAAUUUUAGGCCGUGGGUAACACAAGUUACGAAAGGGACCCUCAACAUUUAAAUUUUCUAGUUAUUCUUAUCAAAUAUAUACGUAUAUAUAAACGACUUUAUAU